CAAACUUUAAACAAACCAAAGAGAAACAAACUCUGUCUCUUUUGAAGCUCCCUUUCAGUCACUUCCUUCCCUUCAAUCCUUCUUCUUUUUUUCUUUUCUCAGAGUUUCGAUCCUCUGCUCCCGCUUCUACGAUCUUCCUUCCCAGUUUCACCGCUUUGGAUUCGAUCGGAUCAACUUUGUUUAGUUCGUAAUUCAGCUUCUCCUGGUUUCUUUGAUUCAUUUUUCUCCUUCUCUGCAGUUGCACAGGGUAGCUGCAAUUUUGCUUUUGGAGCUUAGCCAAUUCUUAAGAGAAGAGUAGAAGGGAAACGGAAACCGUAUCUCAGGGUUCAAAAUAUCAAGGAAUUGUGUUGAAAUUUCCACUUCUGACUUCCAGGAACCAACGUGGUAAGAUACUAUCUUGAUGUGGUCCUCCUAAGAAGUUGAAAAUCUAUAAGAAAAGAUGGUGAAACAUCGCCUUAGAGAGUCUAUCAAAUCUUUGUUUGGAAGUCAUAUUGACCCUAAUAAAGAAGAGCAGCUCCACGUAGCUAAAGCAGAUAUUGAAGACAAAGUGAAAGAAAUAUUGAAACUUAUUAAAAAUGACAACCUUGAAGAGGAUGGUACCCCAGUGCAACUUUCCAAGAGGGAACCACUUAUUGAACUGAUUGAAGAUUUCCACAAUCAAUACCAAUCACUGCAUGCGCAAUAUGAUAAUCUAACAGCUGAGUUAAGGAAAAGGAUCAAGGGCAAGCGAGAAAAUGGGAGUUCUUCAUCCAGCUCGGACUCAGAUUCAGGUUCAGAUUAUUCUUCAAAGGACAAAGGCAACAAAAACGGACAACUGGAAAAUGAAUUUCAAAAGACAAUCGGAGACUUAAGGCAAGAGCUUGAAGUGGUGCAUGCAGAAGUGGCUGAAUUAAAUCGGAAGUUGACAAUUUCACAUGAAGAGAAGGAGGAUCUUAAUUCCAAAUAUCUUGCAGCACUGAGCAAGAUACAAGAAGCAGAUACAGUUAACAUGAAUUUGAAAAGUGAUGCUGAAGUAUUAGGCACUCAAAGAUCUAAACUUUUGGCUGAGAAUGCUGAACUAAGUAAACAAGUGGAUAUUGCCGGCAAAAAAGAAGAUGAACUGAGUCAAAGAUUGGAAGAGUUGAAGAUAGAAAAAGAUAGUUUGACCAUGGAGAAGGAGACAACUCUCCGACAGAUUGAGGAGGAAAAGAAGAUCACUGAUGGCCUCAGAACCCUUGUUGAUCAACUGAAAGAUGAGAAAUUAGCUCUUGGCAAAGAGUUAGAGGCAGUUACAAGUGAACUUUCCAUUCUGAAACCGCGGUUGGAAGACGGAGAGCAGAAAAUGACAGGUAUAAGCCACAAUCUGAAAGUUGCUGAGGAAGAAAACAAAUCUUUAAAAGAGCAACUUUCACAGGCUUCAAAUGAGGUUCAGCUGGCUCAGAGUAGAAUACAAGAAUUUGUAGCUGAAUCAAGUCAGUUAAAAGAGAAACUUGAUGAGAGUGGAAGGGAAAUUAAUGCCUUUACUCUGAUGCAUGAAGGUUUUCAGAAAGAAUCCUCAAAUCGUAUCGGGGAACUUGAGGCACAGGUCACCAACCUGGAGUUGGAGUUAGAAUCACUGAAAAACCAGAAAAGAGAUAUAGAAGUACAAAUGAAGAGCAGCACCACUGAAGCAAGGGAACUAGGAGAGCACAAUUCAGCCCUACAAAACCAAAUAUCACAACUCGAAUUGAAGUCCAGAGAAAGAGAAGAGGAGCUAUCUGCAAUGGUGAAGAAACUUGAAGAUAAUGAGAAUGAGUCAUCUUUGAAAAUUUCAGAUUUAACAUCUCUGAUAAACAAGAUGCUAACUAAUAUUGGGACACUACGUACUCAAAAAAAUGAACUCGAAGAGCAGAUAAUUUUUAAAAGUAACGAAGCUUCCACUCAAGUGGAAAACAUCACAAAUGAGGUGAAUGCAUUGCAGCAAGAAGUGACGUCCCUCCAGCAUCAGAAAUCUGACUUGGAAGCUCAGUUAGUAGAAAAAGUCAACGAAAAUUCCAAGAAUAUGAUUGAAAUGCAAACUCUGAAAGAGGAAAUUGACCGAAAAAUCCUUGAACAAGAGAGACUUCUGGAAGACAGAGAAAAUUUAGCCAUGCAGCUAAGGACAUUGGAGUCAGAGAUGAACACCAUUCAGAACAAAAACAGUGAAGCUGAAGAGAAAAUGAAACAGGGAAUGUUGGAGCUACAUGAAAAAAUAGCAGAAAUAGAGAAGAUAUCAACAGAUAGAGAAUCAAAUUUUUCGAUUCUCCAGGAUAAGUUUAUUAGCGCAGAGCAAGAAAUUUCAUCUCAGAUAAUGGCCUCCAGUGAACAAAUUAAGAAUCUUGAACAUGAUUUGGCAUCAGUGCAGAAAGAGAAACACGAAUUAGAAAAGCAGUGUGAAAAGCUGAAGUUAGAGAUGGAUUCUAUACAGAACCAAAAGAGUGAAGUUGAAGAACAAAUGAUAACUAAAGACCAUGAGAACUCUGGACUACGAGAAGAAAUUUUGGGAUUGCAGGGAACAGUAGCUGUGCUGGAGAAGACAUUAGCUGAGAAAGAGGCAGAGGUAUCCAGUUUACAGAAUGAGAAACUGGAAGUAGAACAGCAGUGUGUAAAUCUGAAGGUGGAGCUGGAUUCCGCACAAAACCAGAAAGUUGAAGUUGAAGAGCGGUUGAGAACUAAAGACCAAGAGAACACGGAACUGAGAGAGGAAAAAUUUGGAUUGCAGGGUACAAUUACUGCACUGCAGAAAACAUUAGCCGAUAAAGAGGCAGAACUAUCCAGUUUACAGGAAAAGUUUCAUGAAAAAGAGAGCGAGGCUUCCGGCCAAAUAACUGUCUUCACUGUCCAGAUUGAAAAUCUGAAACAAGAUUUGGUGUCCUUGCAGAAUGAGAAACAGGAAGUAGAACAGCAGUGUGAAAAGCUGAAGGUGGAGCUGGAUUCCUCUCAAAACCAGAAGGGUGAAGUUGAAGAGCAGAUAAGAGCUAAAGACCAUGUGAACACCGAACUGAAAGAGGAAAUUUCGGGAUUACAGGGAACAAUUACUGUACUGGAGAAAAGAUUAGCUGAGAAAGAGUCAGAUUUAUCCAUUUUACAGGAAAAUCUUCACCAAAAGGAUAGUGAGGCUUCUGCCCAAAUAACUGCCUUAACAGUCCAAAUUGAUGAUCAGAAACAUGAUCUGGUGUCCCUACAGAAUGAGAAACAAGAAUUAGAACAUCAGUGUGAAAAGCUAAAGAUGGAGGUGGAUUCCACACAAAACCUGAAGGGCGAAGUUGAGGAGCAAAUCAGAGCUAAAGUCCUUGAGAACACUGAACUGAGAGAGGAAAUUUUGAGAUUGCAGGGAACGAUUAGGGCACUUGAGAAAACAUUAGCUGAGAAAGAGUCAGAGUUAUCCACUUUACAGAAAACAAAAGAAGAAUUGGAGCUCCAGCAUGAAAAAAUUAGUCAAGAACAUGCAGAAAGCCUUGUAAUGGUAGAGAAUGAAAAGAAUGACAUAUCAAGCAGGUCUAUGGAUCUUAAGAGAACUCUAGAAGAGCGAGAAGAUUCAUAUCAGAGGUUAAAUGAAGAAUAUAAACAAAUUGAUGGUUUGUUUCAGGAAUGCAUGGUCAAGCUUGAAGUUGCAGAGAAGAAAAUUGAAGAAAUGGCAGCAUGGUUUCAUGAACGAAUUGAGUUGAAAGAUCAGAAGGUAGCUGAUUUGGAACAUACAGUAGAAGACCUAAAAAGAGACCUAGAAGAAAAAGGAGAUGAAAUCAGUACUUUGCUUGAGAAUGUUCGGAUCCUUGAGGUUAGGCUUCGUCUGUCAAACCAGAAGCUUCGGGUCACAGAACAAUUGUUGAGUGAGAGAGAAGAAAGCUUUAGGAAGACGGAAGAAAAGUUUCAGCAAGAUCAGACAGCGCUUGAAGACAGAAUUGCUAUUUUAUCAGCACUAAUAACUGCCAAGAACGAAGCCUUCGAUGAAAUUGUUUCUAAUGUCAGAGAGUGUGUGAACAGUGUCAUGACUGGCAUAGAAAUUGUAAGCUGUCGAGUUUCUGAUGACUGCAAAAAUUACGAGGAGAGUGUCUACAACAUUUCACGCGAGCUUGAGAAUGCAAGGGGGCAUGUGAGGGAUAUGAAUAAGGAAAAAGAGCAGCUAAAGAGAGACAAAAGGCAGUUGUUGGAGCAACUGCAAGUUAAAAAUGAAGAGGAAGUGGCUUUGAGGAAGACAGUUGAGAAGUUAGAGGCAAAGAGUGGAAAGGAAGAAUCAGAGAAGAUAAAUCUGACAACAACUGUAGAACAACUAAAGAAGACAGUUAGAGAGCUGGAGAAAAUGAUGAAAGAGAAAGAGGACGGUAUGUUGGACUUGGGAGAGGAGAAGAGGGAAGUUAUCAGGCAGCUGUGUUUGUGGAUUGAUUAUCAUCGCAGUCGCUAUGACUAUCUCAAGGACAUUCUAUCAAAGACUCGCAGUGGCCAGAGAGCAGCAUAAAGCCUCGUUUUUUCUCGAGUUUUUCUACGCUGCUUGUUCAAUUAGUUUGUUGGAGUUCAUCAACAUAAAGAAUGGUUUAGAAGUUAGAAUGAUGCAUGUGCAAGACAGGUGAAGAGAAAAUGAGAUUCGCAGUGCACUGUUUAUUAGUCAAUAAUUAGCCAUUAUUAGUACAAUGCUCAGCCUGCAGGUGGAUGGAGCCAACCACAUAACCCCACACCAGGAUUAUGAAAGAAUGUUAAACAAGACAAAAUUUUGUUACAUUAUUUUCGUGCCUUUG